AUGAAGUUAAGUUGGUGUAAUAGUAUUAUUUUAUUUUAUUUCAUGUUUUUUUUUACGGUUUGUCUUUCUAACCACCAUAAUAAAAAUGUAGAAAAAAAUGAUAAAAAUCAAAACCAGGAAGGAAAUAUUAUAACAAUAGAAAUUCUUCCUCCAGAUGAUGACCAAGAUAGCUUUGAAAUUAAUGACAAUUUAUUAGAUGAUCUGAUUAAACUUAGUGAUGAAAAUGUCAAAUAA